AUGCAAGGAGUAAAAAAGAAGUUUAUUCCGCCUCCGGAAGCUCCGGUGUUCGAACCGUCAUGGGAGGAUUUUUGUGACCCUCUAGCGUAUAUUGAUAAAAUUCGCCCAAUUGGUGAAAAGUAUGGUGUCUGCAAAAUUCGGCCACCACCGUCAUGGCAACCACCAUUUGCUGUUGAUGUUGACACAUUCAGGUUCACACCAAGAAUACAAAAACUCAAUGAACUUGAGGCAUUAUCUAGAGUUAAACUGAAUUUUAUUCACUUGCUGACUAAAUUCUGGACAUUACAGAUAGUAAAACGCAAUGGCGGGUUUUUUGACGUCUGUCGACAGGACCAAGGCUGGAUAAAAGUGGCACAACUGAUGGGCUAUACCCCAGGUCGAGGCUGCGAGCUAAUUCUCAGCCAGCAGUACGAGAAGAUUUUACAUCCGUACGAUCUAUUUCUGUCCGGAGAAUCCCUAAACGCUAAGAAGUUCAAAGAAAUGAGACAGUACGACUUUAAAAGUGAACCCAAGUUGACGAACGGAAAAUUAAAAAAGAUGCGAAGGAUGGUCUCAACACUGCCAUGUUACAGAAAAGAAGAAGCAGUCCCAGCCAAGAUAAAAACCGAGGCCAACGAGUCGGCCAGUACAAACGCGCCUACUAAAAUUGUCAUCAAGCAGCAAAAGAAUGAGCAAGACCAAAUGUUGAUGAAGAACGACCCUCUAUACGUCUCAAAGGCAGACCAAUAUUUCUGUGAGGUAUGUGAUGGUGGUGACGACGAACCUCUGAUGCUCUUGUGCGAUGGGUGUGACCACGCCUACCACACCUACUGUCUGAUGCCCCCCCUAGAGAAAGUACCUCCCGGCGAUUGGAUGUGCCCCAGGUGUAUUGCCAAAGAAUGUCUUGGACCGAUGGAGGCUUACGGUUUCGAACAGUCACCCACCGAGUACUCCCUCGAGAGUUUCGGCAUCAUGGCAGAUGGUUUUAAAAGAAAUCACUUCAAUAUGCCCGCACAUCUGGUUCCUUACUCAGCCUGUGAAGAAGAGUUCUGGAGAUUAGUGGAAUGCUUGGAAGAGGAUGUGAGCGUGGAGUACGGGGCCGACAUUCAUUCAGGGGAGCAGGGGAGUGGCUUCCCAACUGAAAAAACUAGAGAUAGAUUUUCUGGGGAUGAGGAGUACAUAAAAUCAGGAUGGAAUCUCAACAAUCUGCCUAUACUGGACAUGAGUGUUCUUAAGCAUGUCUCUGUUGAUAUAUCUGGAAUGAUGGUACCUUGGGUUUACAUAGGGAUGUGCUUCUCCAGUUUCUCGUGGCAUAUUGAGGACCAUUGGAGUUAUUCUGUCAAUUAUAUGCAUUGGGGUGAGCCCAAAACAUGGUACGGGGUUCCUGGCUCCCACGCAGAGCUUCUGGAAGAAUGCAUGAUGAAGGAAGUCCCUGAACUCUUCAAGGACGCCCCUGACCUCCUGCACCAACUGACCACCAUCUUGAAUCCCAACAUCCUUAUGGAUUAUGGCGUCCCUGUCUUCAGGACAGACCAGUGCCCUGGUGAGUUCGUGAUAACCUUUCCGAGGUCGUACCAUGCAGGGUUCAACCAGGGCUACAACUGCGCGGAGGCAGUCAAUUUCUGCCCUCCCGACUGGGUACACAUGGGCAGAGAAUGUAUAGAAGACUACAGGAAGUUCAAGAGACAGUGUGUCUUCUCCCACAACCAACUCCUCUGUGAGAUGGCCGAAAAGUCCAAGACACUAAACUUGAAGAUGGCCGCUGUUGUACACGAUGAUCUGAUCAUAGUGGUCGAUAACGAGAAAAAACUUAGACACAAGAUGGCGCUUGCUGGCAUAAUAUUAACGGAACGCUUCCACUACGACCUGGUCGAGAAUGACGACGACAAACAGUGCGACGUGUGCAAAACUACCUGCUAUCUGUCAACUCUCCAUUGCCCACUCGACCCAGAACGUCUGAUAUGUUUGGAGCACGAUCCAAUAGCAGACAUGAAGUGUCCAUGCCCGCCAUCCAGUCACAUCAUUCGUUACAAGUUCACAAAUGACGAGCUCAUGCAAUUGGUUGAAAAUUUAAAAGUUCGAUCGAUGUCAUUGGACAAUUGGAAGGCCAAGGUCAGGGAGGUUCUGUUCUCUACCAAUCAGAAGAAACCAGACAUCUCAUACUUGAAAGAGUUGCUGGCAGAAGUGACGUCAGAGAACCUACCCCAAGAUGACCUGGUUUCGAAACUUCGUGAAAAGAUGACCAUGUGUGAGAGCUCGGUCGAGAUGGCCAGGGAACUUAUGAAUAAGAAGCUCAGCAACAGACAACAGCAGCAGAGAUUGUUAGCAGCUUCGUUAUUGGACCAGCAGCAGCAGCAACAGCAGCAGCUACAUUCGCCUCCUCAUCACCAUCUUCCUCCUCCUCUGCAGCAACAACAACAACAACAACAGCAGUUUGUUUGCCGGUUGAAUUUGUUUGAAUUGAAAGCAUUUUGUGACAGAGCAAAGGAUUUGCCAUGCACAUUCAAAGAAGCUGGUUUAAUUCAGGAUUUGCUGGAUAACGUGCUGGUGCUACAGAGAGAGGUCGUCGGCAUGCUGUCCAGCGAUUCUAUGCCCAUCCCGAGCAGGUUGCAGGAAAUUAUGGAUUGGGCACUGAGUCUCGAUCUCCUCGCGCAGGCAAAGUGGCUGAACGAAUACAACAACCUCUUCAGCAGCAACAGCAAGUUAACCCUGCCCACCCUGAAGAAGCUGAACGACACGAUCAUAACAGGGGCGUCCGGGGUCUUCCAUCCCCUCUACCAGUCGUCCAUUAACAAGGUCAGAUCGCUCGUCGUCGUUGCUGAGUCUGUUGAAAGAAAAGCUGAUCAGUGUCUUAGGGACAGGCCGACUAUACAGACGCUGGAGUUGAUCAUCAACGAGGCAGAACCCCUUGCCUCCGUUGACCUCCACCAGCUUGUCAAGGUCAAGGAACUUAUGAAGGAGGCCAAAAGAUGGCAGGACCUGGCUCUCACUCAAACACCGUGGUUCAAGGAGUUAGGUGUAAAAGUGGAUUUGAACGAGAACAUCCCAGGUCAAGGUAGGAGAGGUCCUGCGGUCCAGUUCUCCAACGAUGGUACAUUUGUAUGCCCAUUCACUUGUAUCACUUUGGACAGCUUACAGUCGGUUGUCAAGAAGACUUUCACGAAACUUGUAUCGGCUCGCAACGACAUCAGGAACAAGUUAUACGAGUGUAGUAAGGCCAUCAAUGCACUUUCAAACAGCAGCGGCAGUAGUAGCUCUAGUGGUGGUAGUGGUGUUGGUGGUAGCGUUAGUAGCGGCAAUUGCUCGUGUGGUCGACACUUAACUGAACAUGUUAGAUGCUGUGUUCUCUGUACUAUAAUUUAUUAUGCAGCAACAACAACAACAUUGACGCCAUUGGACAGUAGCAACACCAGCAACCAAUCAUCUUCAUUGCCGUCAUCCUCGUCAUCAUCUAUGUUUGCAAGUUUCACGACCAAUAAGAUGAGUUUCAUGAGUCCUCCUUCGUUUCCGGCAACCAAUAAGCUAUUUAGUACAUUCCCCAUGGGCAAUUCUGGCUUAUUUUCGACCAAUAACAUUCAAGGCGGUCUUUUCCAGACUAGCCAAUCAUCUCCAUCUAACAUAUUUGGUACAGCCAAUAGCAUUUUAGCACCUAUAAUGCCGAUUAAUAAGAAUUUUACACCGUCUUUGAAUGCAUUUUCUCCAACCAAUAACAGUGCAUUUUCAGCAACCAAUAGUAAUCCUGGGUUGUUUCAAUGGUCCAAUCAAGGCCCUUCUAAAGCUUUCUCACCGGGUUUUGGAAGUGGAGAUGUCAACAACUCUAAUCGAACAGGGAUCCAGCCGACAAUGAAGCUCUUCUCGCCUACGCUUUCACUACCAACAGCCACUAACAACAACAGCAACAACAACACUUUCCAAACACCAAACAACAAUCCCAAUAACACUUUUUCACCAAACAACGCCAAAAUCAACCUCUGUGACCUAUGCAAAGAUUCGGUUGACAGGCCGACCUAUGAUGAGUUGAAGGCUCUCGUGGCAGGCUGGUACAACAUGAGUGGGGUCUGUAUGCCUGAGGGCAGAGCCCUCCUCUACCUGGUUGACCUCGUGAAUGAGUGGCAGCAGAAAGCUAGGAAAGUAUUGUCAUCUAGAGAAUUGGUCGUAGCUGUAGGUCUGUUGGAUAUGCCAUCUACCGAUUUGAAAGACGGCUCGUGGAUAUCGACCAAUUGGAUAAGCGAUCAGAUGACCCGAAUAACGGCUGACCCGAUUUUCAGGCCUCGCCUCAUCUCAUUGGACGUUAGCAUGGCCACGCAGACGACCUUGACCGAGUUACUGGUCGAAAUGUCGGCCCUGAAUGUUGAGACGGAGGAGGUCAUACAGUUGAGACUGCUGCUAUACUCGUGCUACGAAAAGAUCGUGCUGACUGAAUCAAUUCGCAAAGAGGAAGAACAACGAAGGCAGGCCAAGAUGGAGGAAGAGAGGAAGAAGAAGCAGGAAGAAGCUGAUAGGCUGAAGAAACUGGCGGAGGAGAAGAAAAAGAGAGAAGAUGAUGAACUGAAGAAGAGAAAGCUGGAGGAGGAUGAGUUCAAGAGGAGAGUCGAUGAGGAAAAUAAUAAGAGGAGGAAGUUACAGCUCGUCGACAGCAUGAAACGUCAGCAGCGUCAGCAGCUUGCUGGAGAUUACAACGACAACGAUGGUGACGGCGUUGCCGAUGACGACGACGAUGAUGGUGGUGGUGGUGAGGAUGAUGUAGCCAGCGACAGACAACAACAAAACAGAAACAAACUCAAUAACCAGGUAUCUCCAACAAAUGGUACGACCCAAAGCCGAGAAACUUCUAAAUUGAAACCAUCCAAAAAGCAUAUAUACACCGAUGAUGAAGACGACGACGAUGACGACGUUAAAAUAAACAGCAGAAGCGAUGACGACUAUGGGAAUGGUGUUGAUGGUAGUGAUGAAAAGAAGACCAUUGACACCAGCAGUGAUAAUGUUGAUAGGAGUAGCAGUGAUUAUCUCAAGCCAAAUCAAGCUCAGCCAUCUCGUCCAAUGAAAAACAAGAAGAGGAAGAAGAAGAAUAAAAGAAAAAAUAAUAAAAGUAAAAAUAACGAUGGUGACGACGACGAUGAUGUUUCAAGACGUAAAAUGAAAAAAUUCGGUAAUAAUAAUAAUAAAAAACUGGCUAAGAUGAUUAAAUCUAAUGAUAACGUUCUAAAGAAGAAAGAGGCUUCUGGAGGUGGCAAGAAAAAGUUGAGGCAAAGAGAGAGCCAAGCAACGAAAUCGCCCACGUCGUCAUCAACGUCAUCGUCAUUCCUCCCGUCGCCAUCGCGACUCGCAUCUCCCAAACCGUCGUCGUCUGCAGCUGCAGCAGCAGCUUCAUUGUCGACCAACAAAAAAGAUGCUAAAAGAAAAUUUAAGAAGAAGAAACGAAGGAAAAGGAAGGACGAUGAUGAUGACGACGAUGAUGAGCAUGACGACGACGACGACGACGAUGAUGAUAAUUUUGAAGGAUUCAUUAUUAAAGGAAGUGAAGCUGCUGUCGCAGCUACCAAAAAGAGACAAAAUAAUCACAAAAAUAACAAUAAGAGUGAUAAAAAUAGUAGUACUGUUGAUAGCAAUAAUGGUAGUAAUUCUACCAAUAAUAAUUGGGAAUACUGCUCAUUUACUGGCUGUUUGAAGCCUACAGGCGACAAAGUUAACUGGGUUCAGUGUGACCUCUGCGAACAAUGGUACCACUUGGAAUGUGUGGGGCUGGAUGAGUUACCCGGCGAGGAGGAGGAGUUUGAAUGUCAAUCAUGUCUUCUUUCAGCCAAUCAGAGCACAUGUAGGAGCUCCGCUAAAAAUAAUGAUGACGACAACAACACUAAUAAUAACAAUAAUAAAAUCGAUAAAGAUAGUUAUAAAAGUAGCGAUAGAACUAUGAAAGUUUUGAGCAAUUCUAAAAAAAGCAAAGGCAAUAAUAAUAAUAAUAAUAAGACAGAAAAACAUAAGAAGAAAAAGAGUAAAAAGAAACGAAGCGAUGAUGACGAUGACGAUGAUGACGUCGGUGAUGAUGAUGACGUAGACGAGAGGAAUGAUGAUAGUUUAGUUAGAAAUAAAAGAACUAAUGAUAAUAAAUUGGUUAAAAAAGAUAACAUGGAAAAGGACCGUAACAACAAAAACAAUAAUAAUAAUAAUCAGAAGAAUAAUAAUAGUAAUAAUAAGGAGAAAAAUAAAUUAAAUUCAUUUGGUUUCGCUCUUACAGGGGCUUCCAAUGUAUUGGCAGGGAAUAAACACAGGAAUAGUAACAAUAAAAACAUUAAUAACAAUAAUAAUACCUCUUCUACUACUGAUAAUAAUAGUAAUAAUAAUAAUAAUAACAAUAGUAUCGACAGAGACUGUCGUAAGAAAAUUCAUAAAAAUAAGAGUAAAAGUAAAAAGGAUGACGAUGACCCAUCAUCAUCGUCGUCAUCAUUUUUAGCACCACUGCCUAAAAAGUCAUGGCUCAACUCUUCGCCGCCGAAAAAAUACGAUGACGACGACGAUGAAGAUGAUGAUGAAGAAGAUGGCCGUGGUGCUAUUAACCGGGCAGCUAGUAACAGUAGUAAUCGGCAUAAGAGGAAAAAAUCGCCACGCGCUGGCGACAAAUGUAGUACUGAUAAAAGCAAUCGUAAAUCAUUGUCAGGUCUUCUUGAGUUUGAAACCAAAGUUUGUAAGCGUGAUAGGACAGAAAAGCUUUUUUCGGUACUCCCUGUCCGGUGUUCGAAUCGCGGUGCGCUGUGCUGGGCUGCAUGUGGCCGAAGUCACUAAUCACUACUACACUGAUUGACAACCUAAAUGUCUUUGUUUUUAACCAAUGAAAUCAGCUUAUUUUCUCUGUUAUUUUACGUUUUUAACUGGUUUAUUAUUACUAAUAUUAUUAUUAUUAUUACUACUAUUGUUAUUAUUAUUAUUGCGUGAAGAAUUUUAUUUUCUUAGUUCUUAUUAUUUAUUUGAUUGAGAUUC